UGUAGUGCAGACAGAAUGACUCUGGAACUGGAGAUACUACGGUCGUCAAAUUGUAGAUCUACAGCGUCAACAAAAUUGCUGCUCCUAAUUUAAGGGCAGCUAGCUCUGAGUGUCGUCGUAGUGAAGUAGAAUUAAUUGUCCAUGUUUAUACAUUUAGUUAGGAUACAUUUUGUGCAGGCCAACAACCAACUGCGUACGAAAGAGGGAAAGUCUUUUAUUAUUGACGAGACACCAUAUUACGUCAUCGCUGGACACCAUUAUGUCAUUGCUGGAUUGUGUAAUCGGAGCUUUCGCCGGCCUUGGAUUGCAGACGAUAUUGGUUGGGUUACUUGGCGCCCUUUUAGCUCUCUGGUAUAUCAGAUCGAGUAAGCAGACGACACCGAACCUUCCACCCGGGCCCGUAGGCCUACCGCUUCUGGGGUAUCUACCAUUUCUAAAGCUGCCGCCGUUCAAAGGUUUCGCUCAUUUGGCAACACGAUACGGUGGGCUGAUCAGUCUCCGACUGGGCACCAAACUGACCGUCGUGCUCAACGAUGUCGACUCCGUCAAACAAUCCCUGGUCAAAGAAGCCGACGUGUUCACCGACAGGAACGUUCCCAUUGAGUACUCUCUGGCUCUUCCACUUGAAGGUAGCCUGGCGUUUGCAAGUGGUGAUAAAUGGAGAGAACUGCGCACAUUUGUCGCCAAGGCGUUCAGACAGUUCGAAGUGGAGAAGGAAAAGUUGGAAUCGGUGAUUGUCAGAGAAUCAGAGCGACUUUGCAAAGCUUUCCAGGAUGAAGCAAAUAAAAGUUCUUCAGACAUUCAGGGUUUUGACCCGCAUCACAUCAUCAACAACGCUGUUUCCAACAUCAUCUGUAGUAUGUGUUUUGGCCAAAGCUACGAAUACUCGGAUCCAGAGUUCCACCAUAUCCUGACCGUCGUAGGCAAUUCAUUCCGGAGUUUGUCACCGUCUGGGCUACUCCUGGUCAGCAGAUAUUUCUACUACACCCCUCUCUACCGCGAAGUCCGCCGCAACCUCGCCGUCCUCCAGGACUUCAUCCGGGGCAUCGUCCAACGUCAUCAGGAAACCUUUGACCCCGACAACACACGGGACAUCAUCGACAUGUAUCUUGCCGAGGUCAGGCAGCUGAAGGAAGAUGGGAUGGACACGUAUCUCAAGGAGGAAAAUAUCUGGCGGGGUGUCUUCGACAUCUUCCUCGCUGCAUCCGAGUCGAUGACGUCAGCUUUGCGAUGGAUCUUCCUCUAUCUCAUCGACAACCCUGAGCUACAAAGUAAGAUUCGAGCUGACAUUCUGCGAGUCAUCGGGCCAACCCGUAACCCCACCAUCAAAGACCGAGACGAACUCCCGCUCAUCGAAGCUACGUGCAUGGAAGUCCUUCGUCUUCGACCACCGGCUCCCAUGGGUGGUCCUCGACAGGCCAAGCGGGACGUAGAGGUCAAAGGUUAUGUCAUCCCAGAAGGAACGUUGGUCCUGACCAACGUCUGGUACAUUCAUCAGAACGCUGAGAAUUGGCAUGAACCCGAGCGGUUUAAUCCGAGUCGGUUUUUGAGUGAGGAUGGAAAAGAACUGGUGAAGAAUCCGGCUUUCAUGCCGUAUGGAGCAGGUAGGCGUCUCUGCGUUGGGGACCGGAUCGCCCGGAUGCAGAUGUUUUUAUUUUUGACCACCUUGAUCCGAAAGUUUGAAUAUUCCUUGCCCGAUGGGGCUGUUCCUGAUUUUAACGUGGAUGGCGGUAACUUCACCCUGUCCGCUGUUCCAUUCAAAAUCGUCGUCACGGAAGUGGAGACCCCGAUGCCGACUCACUGAGAGAUGAAUAAUUUUCAGAAUGUUGAGAACAUGAUUUAUUUUUUAAAGUCAAAGAAAAACUCUGUAAUUAGCGUGUCAGACAUAAUUUGUUUUUUGAUCUAUAGCUACUUGAUCAUCAUUUGUAUUGAUAAGUAAUAUAUUUUUAAUCAGUAUUAAAUAUGACCCUGCAGUCCCUAUAGAAAGGUUUAAUUAUAUGCAUAAAUAAGAAUCCAAUAUUAUUAAAUAUAAAGAAAGAAUAUAAAGGUUUGCUAUGUAACCUAAAAUAUAUUAUUUUAAGGAGGGAAGGAAAAGACGCAAAACACACCACUUAGUAUAACUAUCG